GGAGCCAAACCAGGGCUAAAUAUCUCUCCGGCUUCACUAACUAGUUAUUUUAUCACGAAUUCACACUGAUAAUCUGUGAUUUUUGAUGCUUCAGAUGUAUAAGGUAAUGACAAGAAAUUGAUAUAUGGUAAUCUUGUUAAUUUCUUGUCCGUUGAUUUCUCAAAAAUUCAUGAAACUGCGUUAACUGAUCUUUAUUUUGAUCAAGAAUUUGACUAUUUUGUGCUGAUUUUCUGUUCUUGAUUCUUGAAUUAUUUAUUUUACUGGGUGUUAUUUUGGCUUAUAAUAUAAUACAUUUAGGUUUGUGUAGGCACAAAUUAAUACACUGAUAUUGCGAAUGUUAUCUUUAUGCAGGAUUUCUAGGGUUCAUAAAAUUUAUAUAGGGUUAAGAUUUCUAGGGUUGCAGAAGUGAAAAUUAAUUUUAGAAAGCAAUUAGGAUUGGGGUUUGGACCACCAGGAGUGGCGGAUCCUUGAAGUACAAGGACGUACUAGUUCAGAUAGUACUCUCUACGAAGUAGUACGAAGUAAGAAUCAAUUAUUUUUGUGUCCUAUGUACUGAUCUUUAUCAGAAAUUAAUCUCUUUCAAUCUAGUCCCUUGGGUAAAUGUCAAGUUUACCAGAAAUGAAUCUUGAGGUUUCAGAAUAUUUAUGCCCUAUUGAUCCUUCGGAAUAUGAAUCAUGGCCACUUUUACAAAAUAUAGAGGAGCUAGCAGUUACACAGUACAGCAUUUCUGAGACUGCCAUCAAUAAUUGUGAACCUCCGGCGCUGGCUACGGUGGAGAAUGGUGGUGGUGGUGCAGCAGCACCAUCGUUAGUGCAGCCACAACCAAGGAGGUUGUAUAGGCAAAAUAAAUCAAAUAAUUCCAAGACAAGGAAAAUAAAGUACAGCCCAGUAAAUGAGGACUUAAAAAAUCAGAAAAGAUUGGUCGAAGAACAAAGUGCAGAUGAAGAAGGGACAUCAGUUGCCAAGAAGAUGAAUCAUAAUGCCAAUGAGAGAAUUCGAAGGAUGAAGCUUAACGCGUCUUAUCUUGCUCUCCGUGCACUCCUUCCGGAUUAUUCUAGAUCAAGAUCAAAGAGGAGAUGGAGUGCACCGGCCAUAGUCGAUCGUGUUCUUAAGUACAUCCCGGAUCUCGAAAACGAGAUAGAAACACUUAAGCUCAAGAAACAAAACUAUAUAACUCAAUCAGAAGAGAGUGCUGAAAUUAGUCCUGCUCAGAAUUCACAGCAAAUAACUGGCAGUGGCACUACAGUUUCUGUAAAUGAAGUUAAAGAGGGAGAAGCUAUCAUUCAAAUUUGCAUGGAAAAUAAUAAUGCAUUUACAAAAUUGCUGCAGAAAUUGGAAGACGAGCAAGGCAUUUGCAUCAAAAGUGCAUCUACUCUUCAUGUCUCUCAAACUAGAUUCUGCUAUCAUCUACACAUUCAGACAAGUGAAAAUUCAAUUUUGGCAAACUAUGUUGAAGGAUUGAGAGAGAAGGUAAUUUCUUGGUUGAGAUGA